UAGGGACGGGACUUUUUGAUAUCGGCCCCCCGGAGCUGCCAUAUCGUGCACAAAAAUCCCCAACAACCUUGCGCCGGCAAACAAAGCUACCAAGUGGGCAACCUAAAGCCAUUACACAGCGUUCAGACGCUGGCCCAUCCAUUAAUUCAACAUGAAGCUCGUCAGGUUUUUGAUGAAAUGCGCCAAUGAGACGGUGACAAUCGAGCUCAAAAAUGGCACAAUAGUCCACGGAACGAUCGCGUCCGUGUCUCCGCAGAUGAACACGGCGCUGCGAAACGUCAAGAUGACACCGCGGGGCCAGGACCCGAUACCGCUCGACGCCAUGAACAUUCGCGGCAGCACCAUCCGCUACUACAUCCUACCAGACAGCCUACCGCUCGACACGUUGCUCGUCGACGACACGCCCAAGCCCAAGAACAAGGCGCGCAAGGAGACGGACCGGGGCGGCAGAGGAGGCGGCAGAGGUCGCGGCGGCAGGGGUCGUGGUGGCUUUGGAAGAGGUCGCGGUUUCGGAAGGGGUAGGGGCUAGAAGCGGAUAGGGUGUGGUUAUAGCACUUUGACGGCUUUCUUUGGCGUUGCCUCUUUUUUGGUGGUCCCGCGGCUUGCUUCCCCCCGGCACUUCAGAGACCAUGCUCGGGAUGUCGAUGUGACUACGGCCCAGGGUUUCCUGAGAAGGGCAUCUGGGCACGCCUACCAGCUGUGGAUAUGUACGGACGUGGUCGGUCGACGGGCUGUCAGGAAAGAUGUGUGGUUUAUGGGGAAACAGGUCUCCAAAAACCAGAUCCGUCGCAUUAUUAUCUUGAGUUAAGGACUUGGGAGUUUGUGGAGUAUACGCGGCAGAUGAAAAAUGACCUAGGACAAUGGAUCCGGAAAACAUAGAAUGGCCGGCGUUCCAGGAACAGGAAAAUCAAGCAUAUUCGUCCCGAGUUUACAAACCGCCAUAUUGUGUUGUCAUCUUUCAUUUCUCGAAAAAUGCAAAAAAAUACCACGUUGCUCAUGUUGGAUCUUGUCUACUACGUCCACCAUCUCCCGCCAGGUUGUCACCUCAAACCAUCGGUAUCCCGCUCCCUCCAUAUCCUAAUGAUCUGAAGCUUCUCCCACCCGGCCUGCUUCCCACUAGAUCCGGCCAUGUGGACCCUCCACUCGUUCCCAAACCCCAAUAUCCUCCUCUUGACGUCCUCGGGCUUGUUCUGCGCACACAACAAAAUAUACGCACACCCCUUGUCCGACAGCAAGGCCGGCAGGGCCUCGAUAAGGCGAUCCGUCGUCUCCAUCCCGUCCCUUCCGCCCGCGUACGACAGCUCCAGCAGGUACGAGUCGCGCGCAAAGUCGUCGCCGCCGCCCUUUUGCAGCUCGGCCUCGACGUCCCGACCCGGCAUUUCGGGCGUGGGGACGUACGGCGGGUUGAACAGCAGGACGUCGACCUGGCCCGGGCGGAGCGCGGAGCCCAGGUCCGCCCGCACCGAGCCCAGGUACAAGCCAGCGCUCGAGCUCGCGCCACCCUCCUCCUCCUUUUCGUCCUUGAUGGCCAGCUUCACCGUCUCGGCCGUGGCGGCGCACGCAAAGGCGUUGACGUCGACGCCGACCGCGACCACGGCGCCGUGGUCGCCGCCAAAGAUGUGCCGCGCCUGGGCGGCCACGAAGCCGAUGACCACCCCCGAACCAGUCCCGACCUCGACGACCAGCGGCGUCGGGCCGUUUUGGAACCGUGACGUCAGGAAGCUGGUCUCGGAUGGAGAGGAGAUGGUGUCGAGGAACAGGAAGGAAUCCUCUGCUGGCUCGUAGAUGCGGUUGUAGUCGACGUGCGACGUCGAUGGGGUGGGCAGCAUCUUUUGUGUGUGGGGGUUUUGGCGGCCUUUUUACUCUUCUAUUUCUCCUUCUCCAAUUUCCCCUCUUGAGUUUUUUUUCUUCUU